GAUUGUUACAAUCAGUCUUCCACACUCAUUCUUUUUAUUUCUCUAAUGGAGCUGCAUUCUGACCUAAUUUCAAAGUCUGUUGUGCACAGACAUCAUCUUGCCUGAACUUUAAAUGCCUAGCCGCUUUUUGACACUGUAAAAGAAAAGUGUACAUUCUGACAACCUACUUAUGUCAGAGAGAUAUGGUUCUUAACUGUACUUUCCAGAUUUAAAUAUCAUCCUUUUCAUUGCAGCAGUGGAGAUAAAAAGGACUUCAGACAGAAAAAUUUCCUCUCUGCAAAGGAAGGUGCCUGCAGCUUGGAUAGCUCUGACCAUUCAUUCAAGAAAUAUCAGCAUAAAUGACAAAUUCAACAUGUCUUCUUCAGCCAUCGUUAACUACUCGUGUAGCUCUACCAGUCAUCUACUCUUUCCUAUUUCCUGUUGGAUCUUGUGGAAAUAUUCUCGCUGCCUGGAUAUUUUCAAGGCAAGCACCCACAAAAAGAACACAAUACAUUUACUUGGUAAACCUUGUCUCUGCAAAUUUACUCAUAUGUAGCACAAUGCCUUUUCUGGCUGCCUAUUUUGCAAAAGGCUACCAAUGGACUUAUAACUCUGUACUAUGUAGAAUAGCAAAUUACCUUGGGACUCUCAUUAUGCACGUCAGUAUGUAUGUUACAAUUGCAAUUUUAUGUUCAACUGCUCUAAGUCAGUACGCAACGCUGAAGAAAGAGAGUGACACACAAUACUCUCGCGCACUUAAUGAAAACCUUUACAGGUGUGUACUUGAAAAGUUUCGCCAGCCAAAAUUUGCUAAAUAUUUGUGCAUCAUUACAUGGCUUACUGUGCUCUGCAUAACGGUAACAGCUAUAACAUGUAAUGUCCAGGCAAGGGCUAUGGAAGAAUUUCACAGAUGCUACAGCAUCAGUGUAGAAGUUGGUGAAUCUAUCACAAUGAUUUUGGCUUCUGUGGCCACUGCAUGUUUUUUUCUAUCUUUUAUGACAGUUUUGUGGUCAUACUGUUCUCUUACCAGACAUCUGAGUAAAAUACAAAAAACCACCUGUAUUGGAGAAAAACAUCUCAUUUAAGUACAAAGAAACAUUUUUGUCAUCCAGAUGAUAUUAAUUGUCUGCUUUCUUCCAUAUCAUAUUUUUAGGCCAAUUUUUUAUGUACUGCUUAUAAAUAUUGACUGCCCAAGGUUAAGCUAUCUAGUGGAAAUUAAAAAUUGCCUUACUUGUCUUGCAGCCGCUAAGAGUAGUUUAGAUCCAGUUAUAAUAAUUCUGCUAGAUAAAACAUUUAAGAAAAGUCUGUACGGCUUAUUUACAAAACCCACACCAGAACACCAUAAACGUAAAGCUGGUAUUUUCACUGAACAGAUUCCCGAAGUGUGGAGGGAUAGGGAAAGAUUUUAGUACAAUAAAAGUAACAAUAACCUCAUUUUAACUGUGUAUAAACAGACUUUGAUAUGAAAUGGUAAAUAUUUAAACAAAAUAACAUAUUACUUGUGGGUUUUUUUCAAAUGAUCUUGCUUGCUACGUCAACAUUAACCAUAAUAAAUCCGAUGUCUAUAUUCAAAUGAACCCAAGUAAAUUAUACAGCACACUGUGUAAUAGCCCUUUAUCCAUGCAAUGCAAAAGACAUUCUAUGUUUGUCCUAUGGACAGUGUUUUCCACCUAAAUAAUCAAAGAAGAAGGCAGAAACUAGGCUGAAGUUGAGGACUCAGUUCUCUCUCAUUCUCAGUAAAAGAAUCCCAGGUUUUGGACAUGGGUCUCCUUUAUAAAAAGGGCUGAAUAAAGCACAGAUGUUUUCUCUGGAAUGGGUGAAUCACAUAUCAAAGGCCUAAGGAAGGUGGCACAGAGUGCUACAAAACACAUUCAAGAUUAACAUGUGUUUUUGUUCAGGAGUAUUUGGGGAGAAGGUUGAUUCCUUUUUUUUGUUUAAUGGGGAAUGCAUCAUGAGAUGCUGAAAUUCUUUAGUGCAUCAAGAAAACAUCUUAUUCUAAAGUUACUGAAAAAUGCCAUUAUUUAAUUUAGUUAUGUCCAUAUGGGUUUUACUGUAGUAACUAUUUUUUAAGCAGUAAAAAACUGUGUUAAGAAAUUAUGCAUUUUUUUAUUCUCACCUUCACAGAAAAAGCUUUACUACAGCUUUGUAUGAAAAUAGCAGAAAUCUUAGAUUUAAUUACUUUAUCACCCUGCUCUGACAUUUCCUAUCAGGGCCACAGCAUUACUGAAAUUACACCUGCAACAGGGUGACUCAGAAGAGGAAGCUUUGAUGGUGACAGAUAACCUGCAGGGGUGAAGUAUCCACUGAGGGAGAGAAACUCUGGUGGCCUAGGACUCUACUUAGCAUUGAGAAGAAUGGCUUUUAUACGUGCUCUGCAGGUUGAUCAGGAAUCAUUCUUCCUCCAGUCUCAUCCACGGCGGUCACGUUCAACAGCUGAGGGAGUGGAUCCCUGUUGGCACGCAGCCUAUGUGCACUCAUCUGAAACAGCUACAUACUUAUUCCACUUCAAAGGUGGAUUAACACACGCUGCUCCAGAAGGUGCCUCCUUCACAACAACGUUUAAAUCCAGACCAUUUGCAGAAGAGUGCAUAAAGCACAAAAGAUCUACAGAACUGCAACAUAACUGAAUGUACAAUAAUAUUAAGUGCAGAAAAAAGGAUGAAAUGCAUACAUGCAGAGUUAUUUCUAACCUCUGGUACUGCUUAGGAUUAAAAAAACCUCAACAAAAUAAAUCACUGGAAUUCCA